GUCUGGGGCUUCCUUCCCGCUCCACCCCCUCUGCCCGCAGAGUUUGUUCAGGGUGGAGUUGCACACCUGGCAAUGGAGACGGGGCACAGUUCACGUCUACACUGGCCAUCCCUGUGCGGGCCCUAAAGUUGGAUGGGAUCUCUAGCUCCAAGACAGGAAUAACCAGGCCGGCCCUGGCACGGACAGAGGCCAAGCCAGCCUGGCUGCCCUGGGGUGCGAUGGGGGGGCCGGGCCCACUCCAGGACUAUGGUGCUGCGGCUCCAGAGCUGGGCACAGUCUGCUUGGCUAAAGACCCCACCCUUCAGGCCAUCUGGUAUAUUUCCUGCUUCCUCCCAGCUGACCCUUGAGGGGAAGGGGUGGGGGGGCAGGGGGAGCUUGCCUAGAGCAGUGUUAGUCACUGAGCCCAGGAGCCAGUUUACACCUAAUGAUGGCACAGGUACUGAGGAGGCCCGAGUCUGAGCAGAGAGAACUCCUUCCUGGGAUCCUGAAGUUCCAAUCCUGCUGCCAUGUUUUCUUCUGUCCAGGACUCUCCAGUCCCCAGAUACUUUGGGGAAGGAAGUAUGGGUCCUCGGAUUCCAUUUUCCCAACCCUGGUCAAUUGGAACUAGGAAAUACGGUGCCUGUGCAUCAGUCUCUCCACCUGUGCCAUGUGACAGGCCUUUAAAAUCACCUCAUUUAAUCCUCACACUACAGCAGGAUAUUUGUAUAACUAAUAGGGCCAUCUUAUAGAGACGGAAACAGGCCAAGAGAGGGCAAGUGAUGGUACCCAGCUCUGAACCAGCGCUGACUCCACAGCCACCGUUAACUAGGGCACGCUGCUGCCUCUGUCUGAGGCAAGUUCAGGGGUCCAGGCUUCAGUUAGAAGGAGUUCCUGAGCAGGCAGUCUCGGCCACCCCUGAGACUCUGUGUCCUGGGCCAGGUGCAAUGGCAGAGAAGGUGCUGGUAACAGGCGGGGCUGGCUACAUCGGCAGCCACACGGUGCUAGAGCUGCUGGAGGCAGGCUACUCGCCCGUGGUCAUCGACAACUUCCAUAACGCCGUCCGUGGAGGGGGCUCCAUGCCUGAGAGCCUGUGGCGGGUACAGGAGCUGACAGGCCGCUCUGUGGAGUUUGAGGAGAUGGACAUCUUGGACCAGGCAGCCCUACAGCAUCUCUUCAAGAAGCACAGCUUUAUGGCAGUCAUCCACUUUGCAGGCCUCAAGGCUGUGGGCGAGUCAGUGCAGAAGCCUCUGGAUUAUUAUAGAGUUAACCUGACAGGGACUAUCCAGCUUCUGGAGACCAUGGGGGCCAAUGGGGUGAAGAACCUGGUGUUCAGCAGCUCAGCCACUGUGUACGGGAACCCCCAGUACCUGCCUCUGGAUGAGGCCCACCCCACGGGUGCCUGUACCAACCCCUAUGGCAAAUCCAAGUUCUUCAUCGAGGAAAUGGUCCAGGACCUGUGUCGAGCAGACAAGGCUUGGAAUGCAGUGCUGCUGCGGUAUUUCAACCCCACAGGUGCCCAUGCCUCUGGCCGCAUCGGUGAGGAUCCCCAGGGCACCCCCAACAACCUCAUGCCCUAUGUAUCCCAGGUUGCUAUUGGGCGACGGGAAACCCUGAAUGUCUUUGGCAAUGACUAUGAAACAGAGGAUGGCACAGGCGUCCGAGAUUACAUCCAUGUCGUGGAUCUGGCCAAGGGCCACAUUGCAGCCUUGAGGAAGCUGAAGGAGCAGUGUGGCUGUCGGAUCUACAACCUAGGCACAGGCACAGGCUAUUCGGUGCUGCAGAUGGUCCGAGCCAUGGAGAAGGCCUCUGGGAAGAAGAUCCCCUACAAGGUGGUAGCACGGCGGGAAGGCGAUGUGGCUGCCUGUUAUGCCAACUCCAGCCUGGCCCACAAGGAGCUGGGCUGGACAGCAGCCUUAGGGCUGGACAGGAUGUGUGAAGAUCUAUGGCGCUGGCAGAAGCAGAAUCCUUCAGGCUUUGGUGCGCAGGCCUGAGGAGCCUCCCCUACCAUGGACCACAAAAGGAAGAGAAGCAACUGCCUGCUCUCCAGCCUCUGGCAGGAACCCAGGGCCCCAGAGCCAAGCCAAGGCCUCCCCUACCUCAAAUGCCAACUGGCCCACUCAGCCCACCAGGCCUGAGGCCAAGGGCUCCACUGACCAGGAGUCAGGGGUCUCUAACUCAUCUCCCACAGGGUCCAAGAACUCAUCAGGACCACCAAGAGUGAGUGAGGGAGGCAGGGCUCUGGGACAAAACAAAACACCUGCCUCCCAGGCACUAAUUUAUACUGCUAUGAAGGAGCUUUCCAAAGUAGCUAAAAUAAAGUUUUCUUACACUGGGA